CUGAGCGAAGGAGGAGGUCGGCGGAUCGGCUGCGCUAAAACACUCGCUAGAGCCCAUUCAGUGGACGAUCUCAACUUCAACCUCACUGCAAACAACCUCUCCCACCCCCAUCAACGAACACCUCCACUCCAUUCGAGGCACGCCAUCACGAUGCCUCUCCCGCGCCCAGUCGCUCUCCCGCGUGUCGCGAACUCGAUCUCUUCCCAAUCAUCAGCGCUCGCCAUCUCGCAACGGAUAGGCGUACGGGCGUUCUCGCAGUCGACAGAAAGGAAGGCGGCGGAUCAUGCGCAUGAGGAUCAUUAUGAUCCGCCUAGUGGGUGGCUGUUUGGUGUGAAGCCCGGCGAGAAGGCGGAAAAGGAGGGCUGGGAGACGGUGUGGAUUUGGGGGUUCUUUGGGAGUUUGGGGUUGGGGGUUGUGGCUUAUGCUUUUAAGCCGGAUACGUCGAUACAAACUUGGGCACUCGAAGAAGCUCGGAGGCGGUUAGAAGUUGAGGGCAUCUUGAAGGAACCGGAGAACAAGUCGUAGCUGUUGUGAGGGGAUAGAUGGGCAUUGAAUGAUGGUUGUACAUAUGCAUUUAGGUUUCUCGUUUGAGGUGGGGGGUGCUUUGACGUACUCGAUGGGAGCCCGGCAUCGAGGGCGAGAUAGACAAGAUCUCUGCUUGUUAGGUGUUCAAUGGAUUACUGCACACUCGUCAAUUUUUGGGGGGGAUUUUACUUGUGAUUGAGCGGGCUUAAGAGUGAGUUCCAACUU